CUCCUGCCUCACGCUGUGCCUCCCCAGGGUAGCACUAUGGCCUCCCGCGGGGGUCCCCGCGCCACCGGCACCGACGGCAGCGACUUCCAGCACCGGGAGCGCGUGGCCUCGCACUACCAGAUGAGCGUGGCCCUCAAGUCGGAGAUCAAGAAGCUGAUCUACACGCAUGUGGGCAUCUGGCUGCUGCUGCUGGCCCAGAUGUGCGUGGGGCACCUCAAGCUGCUGCCCCACGACCAGGUGGCCAUGCCCUACCAGUGGGAGUACCCCUACCUGCUCAGCAUCCUGCCGUCCCUCCUGGGUCUCCUCUCCUUCCCCCGCAACAACAUCAGCUACCUGGUGCUCUCCAUGAUCAGCACCGGCCUCUUCUCUGUGGCUCCCCUCAUUUAUGGGGCCAUGGAGAUGUUCCCCAUGGCGCAGCAGCUCUAUCGUCACGGCAAAGCUUACCGCUUCAUCUUCGGCUUCUCUGCUGUCUCCGUCAUGUACCUGGUGGUGGUGGUGGCCGCCCAGGUGCACGGCUGGCAGCUCUACUACAGCAAGAAGCUGCUGGACUCCUGGUUCACCAGCACGCAGGAGAAGAAGAAGAAAUGAGCGGGGACGGGUGGGCUCCGCGAGGGCUGGAGCUCUGUAGCCGGGCCCCUUGGGGCGGCGCUGGCGCAGCUCCGGUGGGUGGGUGGGGGUCCACGGGGACCAACUUGUGUGUCUGAGCCACGCCACGGGUCUGGGUGCACAUGGGGGGGGGGGGGAGGCGGCUCCCGGGCAGUGGAGUGUCCCCACCACCGCCCCCCCCCCCUUUCCUCUGCGUGUUGCUCUAUGGAAAUAAAGCACCCUCC